CGCGUGGAGGGGAGUGAAGGCGGCUUCCCCGGACAGCGUGGUUCAGUCUGUGAGUGUCUGUGCGUCCGUGCCCAACCUGGAUAUACUAGCGGUCCACUUCUGCUGAUUAAGGAUAUCAGAAAAGAAACUUCGAUUCUGCCAUCAUAUUAGUUCAAGACUGCGGGACAACUCUACGCAGACAACUUCAUCGUCAUUUUGUUAGCGAUGGUCUCGUGAUGUGGGCGUUGCUGGUGCUGUGCCUCGGACUGCCCUCGGCGCUGCUUCUGGAGCUGAGUCAUCAGGAUCUUGAACUGGCCAACAAGACAUGUGAUGGGAAAUCCACCUGUGAACACGGUAAAAAUUCAAGGUUUGGAGAUGACUUGGAUUGGAGGGACAGAAAUUGCUUCUGCGAUGAGCUCUGUCGAAGAUACGGCGACUGUUGUCUGGACUCUCCAUUCUACAACAUUGCAGAGCAGCGAAGAGGCAUCGCCUCAUUCACUUGUGUGGACCUGCGGCAGUUCGGGGGUAUCUACAUGAUGACCACCUGCCCACCCGCUUGGGGCAACCCUAGGGUUCGAGCCAUGUGUGAGACAGGCAGUAAUAACAAGCGAGACCCCAUCUCAGGUCUUCCUGCCACCAGUCACAACACCAGCAUCACGUACCGCAACUCCUACUGUGCCUUGUGUCACGGAGACACACAACUGGAGCUGUGGACCCCGCGGAUAGAGUGUCCUACACUGAACAUCCAACACAACCUGACCAGAGAAAACUUCACCAACAUGUUGGUCUACAACCAUACGAGGAAUCAACCGAGUUGGGGGAUCAACUUCAAGGAUCGAUUCCACCCUUGCACCAUCGAUCCGGUGAUACCAGACACAUCCUCCCAUAUCGUCCGUAGAUGCCAAGCUGACGCUAUCAAGACCUGUGCAGUGAACUGGACAAACAACGAUGUACGGAAUAGGUGUGAAGCCUACACCUCGAUGGUGUACCACGGAAACUAUGCUUACAGAAACCCCCACUGUGCAAUGUGCAAUAAUGAACCCCUCCAAUACCUCGGAUGCAGCAAAGUAGCACUAAGAACUUUCUUCAACAAAGACUUCAGCCCUGUGGCGUUUGCUGUUCUUUUCGAUAUGUCUGGAGGAAAAACAGUGGGGAAAGUACAGCCCUGCACAAAAACCCAACUGUACGAUCCCUUUUUCCGAAAGUGCAGAGACAUAAUCAGCGACAUUUCAGUUUUUGAAGAAUUAGUCAUCCCACUUGAAGAACAACAAGAGAUGAUGGAACAGGCGUUAUUCCACAAUAGAACAAACCACACCAGUUACAGUACUGAGUACCAUCAUGUUACAGAAAGCAAUGAAGAACAGCAAUGUGCCAAGUUUAUACUCAAUCCUGAAGAUUACGAACUCAAUAAUGGAACAGUUUUUGUACCAGUCUAUGACAAAACAUUUAAACACGGAGAGUAUACCAUUCGAGACGAAGGAACAUUGGAACUUUGUGUUGAAGCUCUUGGAAUACAGUUGGCAGAUAAAUUCGGAGAGUACAUGGGCUACAUUACAUUCGCUGGAUUAGGAGUGUCUAUAAUUUUCCUGAUUCUACAUCUGACAGCUUUCUUAUUAGUCCCAGAGUUGAGAAACCUCUCUGGAAAAAAUCUCGCAUCUCUGUGCAUCUCCUUACUCGUAGCGUACACUGCAUUCAUGGCUGGUCAGCUGUUCAAGCCCAGAACAACAGGAUGUUUGGUAGUUGCUAUCCUCACCUACUACAGCUUCCUCGCCUCCUUUACCUGGAUGUUGACAAUGGCUUUUGACGUUUGGAGGACCUUGAGGCUCGCAACAGCUGAGCUGCGAGUCUCAGCUGGCAAACAAUGGAGGAAGUUUACAAUCUACUCAAUGUGGAGCUGGUUGGCUCCAGGGAUCAUCGUCUUGUCAGCUUUCCUCAUCGAGAAAGCACCCGAGAACUCAAUCCCAUCCGAGUAUCGACCGGACUUUGCCAUCAACUCUUGUUGGUUUGGCCAAAGAAGAGCGUUACUUCUGUACUUUGCAGUCCCACUUGGCGUUAUUAUGGUCCUGAAUACCAUUUUCUUUGGGAGUUCAGCGCACAUGAUAUAUUCCACGACAUCGACAACGAAAUACACAGCGAGUGCUGGAACUCAGAGAGACUUCCGCUUGUAUAUUCGGCUCGCCCUGGUGAUGGGCCUCACCUGGGUGGUAGGCUUGAUAGCUGGAACUCUAGAUAACGAGGGUCUCUGGUACGCUUUCAUCGCCCUCAACACUCUGCAAGGACUGUUCAUCUUCUUGGCAUUCACUUGCACUGAUAAGGUGAUAAGAGGUUUGGCCUUGAGGCGAGCGGAUGGAAGACCUCUCAGGCCACCGUCGUUCUCCUGGUCAGGAGCCUCCACCGACAGCACGAGAAAGUCUCAUAUCGGCUCUGAGCCCGGCACAACCGACACCCUUUAUUAACCAAAGUCUUUGAUUAUUAGUGUGUCAGUGUAGUUCUUUGAUAACAUUGUAGAACCAAAUAAGAAACUUUGUGCGUAGACAAACAUUUGGUUUUCUGUCAUUUACCAUACUUUUUAUGUUUUUGUUUGAACUAGGAUACAAACUGAUAACACACAGGGUAGUGAUUCAUAUCGUAUUCAUAAGCAAAAUCUGCUGUUCCAAAUUCAAAUUAGUUAUUAUUUGCAAUACGCACUUGAUAAAAUUCAAUCGUCAACAACACAUUCAAAGAAUGAGUUAUUAGUACAAAUAAGUUAUGUAUAUAAUUUGUGUCAAGAAAAAGCAAAUAAGUAUUUUUAGUUGUAACUAGAAUAAAUGCACCGUUUUCUUAUAAUUUUGUACCUUUAACAUUUCACGUGUAUGACUGUAGUAGUUAGAUUAUAGUUUACCCCAUUUGUACAUAGCUGUAACAACCUGUACAUACUAGUUGUUAAGUAUACUUUGUUUUCUUAAUAUUGUAGAGAAUAAAAGCUCGUUUUUGACAA